AGCAGGAAUAGAUUGGCGAACGGGGCAUCAGCAUAGGCAUAUAAGAAAAAGGGAUUAGCAUUAGCGUUAAAACUAAACAAAUGAAUGAGAAGCCUCUUCCUUAAGACAUCAGAAUCAGCAUCUCUUCUUCUUCCAACUUCUCCGGUGGCGGCUAGGGUUUUCUUCAACCAUCACUCACUCAGCUCUCGCUUCUUCACCAUCCGUUCCUCCGCUUCUUCAUUUUCAGCCUUCGCCAUGCCAGGCGUCGAUCCUCAACAGCUCGAGUGGCCGGCCACUAAAGUCCGCGACACCUUCUUCAAAUUCUUCGAAGACAAGAAUCACGUUUACUGGAAAUCCAGCCCCGUCGUGCCUCUCAGUGAUCCAACUCUCUUGUUCGCUAAUGCCGGCAUGAACCAGUACAAGCCGAUUUUUCUUGGGACGGCGGAUCCGAACACUCAAUUGAGUAAGCUAACACGUGCGUGUAACACACAGAAGUGUAUUCGCGCGGGUGGGAAGCACAAUGAUUUGGAUGAUGUAGGGAAGGAUACUUACCAUCAUACUUUCUUUGAAAUGUUGGGAAACUGGUCAUUUGGUGACUAUUUUAAGCAAGAAGCUAUUGAAUGGGCUUGGGAGCUUCUUACAAAAGUUUAUAGGCUACCUAGUGAUCGAAUUUAUGCUACUUAUUUUGGUGGAGAUGAGAGCGCGGGUCUUGUGCCUGAUACUGAAGCUAGACAGAUUUGGCUCAAGUUUCUACCUCCUAGUCGUGUUCUGCCUUUUGGUUGUAAGGAUAAUUUUUGGGAGAUGGGUGAUACUGGUCCUUGUGGGCCUUGCACUGAAAUUCACUUUGAUAGAAUUGGUAACCGCGAUGCUGCAUCAUUGGUUAAUAAUGACGAUCCUACAUGCAUCGAGAUAUGGAACCUUGUCUUUAUUCAGGCCGCUUUUGAUGGUACCGUUAUCCAUAGUUCUGAUACUAGUUCCAUACCACGCCUUGGAAGAGAGAGAGAUUAUCAGGUUUCAAAGUUUUCAAAGGGCUAUAGAUAUAUAGAAAGAGAGAAACUUGCUUGCUGGAUAUGGAAUCUAACUGAAUAUUUGCAGUCUUUUCCAUAUUCAUGA